GGGAGGGGCCGCUUGUUGUGGCUUGUGGAGUUGACUCUCUUCAGAUUCCAUCCCAGCGUGUGAAUCUGGACCGAAAAGGUUCGGUUUCGUGACUGUCCCGUCUGAGCUGCACGGCUGCGGGAGGGGAUGGGGGGCAACAGCCCGAGUCACCUCCCCGAUGAGAGUAAAGGCCGGGGGGUAACUUUAGUGAAGGGCAUUCGGCUGUCGGACAAUGUCAUCAACCGGAUGAAGCUUUCCUCUAAAGGUUCCACUCCUCCUGUCCCCUCUGAUUCUCAAACACCAGAGCCCACUCCUCCUCCAUCACCUGUAGAAAGUUUGCCGCCUCCUGUUCCUCAGACAGCCUCACAGCCUCCCAUUGCCAGACUGGUCCCUCCUCCCGUGAAGUUUCACUCCCUUCCUCCUUCUUCUCCAGUGGAGCCUGCAGAGGCCCAAACAUGUCCGUUUGUUUCUUCUGCGCGGAGUGAAACACCAGCUGUGCCUGAAUAUCCGGUUCCAGUAGUGGAGCCGGUGACUCCAACUCAUUCAAAGCUAGAAACCCAAACUCCUGCCCUGGCGCUGGAGCAAACCGCCGACCUCCUCAGCCGUUCUCCUGUGGAAGUGCCCGCUCUAUCUGAGCCUUCCUCCCAAACUCCUGCUGUGACAAUCAGACCUGCUGCUACUGCUGAGCCUCUGGAAUCUGCUGCUCCGUCAGCUUCUCUGUCUCCCUCUCUUGAUUCUGCUCUUCUUCCCUCGGCUCCCAGUGAUGCUCCGUGUGCAGCCCCUCCCGCUGUGGUCACAGAAGUGCCUUCGGUUCUGGAACCACCGGCUGAACCUGCAUCACAUCUGCCUGCUCCUCUAGAGGAAACCUCUUCGCCCUGCCAUGAUGAGCCACCUGCUGUUCCCACAGAAGAGUCUGCAUCACCUCCUCUUCCAGACCCGAGCCUUCCAACCGGGGAAUCCACCAUGAGCACAGAUGUGCCUCCUCAGGAUGAGGAGGAGGAACCUUUCAGCCCAGUUUCUCCUCCUACAGCAGCUCUCCCCAUUUCUCCUGAAGUGGUAGAAGAAGAGCUGAGGCAGAAGAUCAGAGCAGAGAUGGAGAACGAUCUGCAGCAGGAGUUGAACCAGAGGAGGCUGGAACUGGAGCGACAGCUGGAGGAGGCGAGGGCGAGGGCUGAAGCUGAGGCGAAGGCCACAUGCCGGGCUCAGGUGGAGGAGCAGGUGAAGAAGACUUUGGAGGAGGAGAAAGCAGCUUAUGUGGAAAAGCUGACAGAGUCUAUCGCAAAGGAGCGCGUCAAGUCAGAAGACGAGAAGCUGAUGGCACAGCUUUAUUGGAUGGAGCUGAAGGCUCGCCAGCUGGACGAGAAAGAGAAGCAGCUGAAGAAGAGGGACGAACUUCGCAAGGAACAAGUCGCAAAACUUGAAGCAAAGUGUGCACAGUUUUACAAAGUGUCAGCUGAGAGCUUCCAGAAAGGCAAAGAGGAGACUGAAAGACGUUUUUUGCAUUUCAAUAUCCAGCCAGUAUGUGGGGAUUUGCAGAGUCAGAUACUGAAAUGCUACAAGGAGAACACUGGUAAAACCCUGAUGUGCUCCAGCAUCGCAUCGGCCUACAUGCAGUGUGUGAACAAAGCCAAAAAAGAUAAACUGAUUCCUGGAGGUUAAUGUGAACCACUUCACGAGAGCCGCAACUUUAAAGAAAUAAAACCAGGAGAACGGAAUCAGGAGACACUCCAGCCUAUGAUACACCUGAAAAUGUGCCAUAUUUCCACAGACUUAAUGUGAGGUGUAGUUACAGAGAGGAGGGUUAGAGUCACAAAGUUUUAAGUUAUAGUUACACUAUUCAUCACUGUAAAAGUUGUCAGAUGAAGAGCAAGUUGGAACAAAAGUCUUGAAACAUAAAUAUGUGUAAAAGUGUGGAAAACAUCAAUAAAUGUUGCUGUGGCGCCUAA